CUUCUCAGCACAUUCUAAAAGCUGAUGUCAUUUGAUGACAUCACAGAUGAGCUCACAUUGGAUAUCUCUUCACAUCUGCGGUGGGAGUUGAGGAGUAAACAUCACAUAGUACGACUGAAAAGACAUGUCCGUCAAGUUCAACCAAGGAGGUGAAGCUCCAGCACCGUUAACGACCAGGACCGUCAGCAUCAACACCGUCAGCUCUGGCACCGUCAGCAUCGGCUCCAUCAGCCCUGGCACCGCCAGCCCCAACACCGCCAGCCCCCGCACCGUCGUCUCCGGCACCCUCAGCCCUGGCAGCAUCAGCCCCGGCAGCGUCAGCAUCGGCACUGUCAGCCCCGGCACCGUCAGCCCCGCCACUGUCAGCCUCGGCACAAUCAGCAUCGGCACCGUCAGCCCCAUCACCUUCAGCCCCGGCACCGCAAGCAUUGGCCCCGUCAGCCCCGUCACCGUCAGCCCUGGCACCGUCAGCCCUGGCACUGUCAGCCCUGGCACAGUCAGCCCGGCAACGUCAGCCCUGGCACCGUCAGCAUCAGCACCGUCAGUCCCGGCACCGUCAGCAUUGGCACCGUCAGCCUUGGCACCGUCAGCCCCGGCACCGUCAGCCCCGGCACCGUCAGCAUCGGCACCGUCAGCUCUGGCACCGUCAGCUCCAACAACGUCGGCUCCAUUCAAUUAUUGGAUGUCUGGCAACAUUGGCUCUGGCAACGUCGGCACUGGCAACGUCGGCUCUGGCAACGUCGGCACUGGCAACGUCGGCUCUGGCAACGUCGGCACUGGCAACGUCGGCUCUGGCAACGUCGGCUCUGGCAACGUCGGCACUGGCAACGUCGGCUCUGGCAACAUCGGCACUGGCAACGUCGGCACUGGCAAUGUCGGCUCUGGCAACAUCGGCUAUGGCAACGUCGGCACUGGCAACGUCAGCUCUGGCAACGUCGGCACUGGCAACGUCGGUUUUGGCAACGUGGGCUCUGGUAACGUUGGCUCUGGCAAUGUCGGCACUGGCAACCUUAGCUCUGGCAACUUUGGCACUGGCAACGUCGGCUCUGGCAACAUCGGCUCUGGCAAUGUCGGCACUGGCAAUGUAGGCUCUGGCAACGUCGGCUCUGCACCUUUGGCAACGGAACCAUCAGCUCCAACAACAACUUUAGAUGAGCCAUGACAACUUAGGCUCUGCACCUUCAGCUCCAGCACCGUCAACACUCAGCACCAUCAGCAUCAACACCGUCAGCAUCUGCUCCAUCAGCCCUGGCACUGCCAGCCCCAACACCGCCAGCCCCCGCACCGUCGUCUCCAGCACCCUCAGCCCAUUCAGCGUCAGCCCAGGCAGCGUCAGCAUUGGCACUGUCAGCCCUGUCACCGUCAGCCCUGCCACCCUCAGCCUCGGCACUGUCAGCAUCGCCACCGUCAGCCCCGUCACCUUCAGCCCCGGCACCCCAAGCAUCGUCACCGUCAGCCCCGUCACCGUCAGCCCUGGCACCGUCAGCCCUGGCACCGUCAGCCCUGGCACAGUCAGCCCCGGCACCAUCAGCCCUGGCACCGUCAGUAUCAGCACCGUCAGUCCCGGCACCGUCAGCAUUGGCACCGUCAGCCCUGGCACCGUCAGCCCCGGCACCGUCAGCCCUGGCACCGUCAGCCCCGGCACCGUCAGCAUCGGCACCGUCAGCUCUGGCACCGUCAGCUCCAACAACGUCGGCUCCAUUCAAUUAUUGGAUGUCUGGCAACAUUGGCUCUGGCAACGUCGGCUCUGGCAACGUCGGCACUGGCAACGUUGGCUCUGGCACCGUCGGCACUGGCAACGUCGGCUCUGGCAACGUCGGCACUGGCAACGUCGGCUCUGGCAAAGUCGGCACUGGCAACGUCGGCACUGGCAAUGUCGGCUCUGGCAACGUCGGCUCUGGCAACGUCGGCACUGGCAAUGUCAGCUCUGGCAAUGUCGGCACUGGCAUCGUCGGCUUUGGCAACGUGGGCUCUGGUAACGUUGGCUCUGGCAAUGUCGGCACUGGCAACCUUAGCUCUGGCAACUUUGGCACUGACAACGUCGGCUCUGGCAACGUCGGCACUGGCAAUGUCGGCACUGGCAAUGUAGGCUCUGGCAAUGUCGGCUCUGCACCUUUGGCAACGGAACCAUCAGCGCCAACAACAAGAAGGGGAUCUCAGCAUCAGCUCCGUCAGCAGCGUCACCGUCAGCAUCGGCACCGUCAGCAUCGACACAGCUCCGGAACCAUCAGCUCCAGCACCAUCAGCCCCAGCUCUGCACCUUUGGCAACGGAACCAUCAGCUCCAACAACAACUUUAGAUGAGCCAUGACAACUUAGGCUCUGCACCUUCAGCUCCAGCACCGUCAACGCUCAGCACCAUCAGCAUCAACACCGUCAGCAUCUGCUCCAUCAGCCCUGGCACUGCCAGCCCCAACACCGCCAGCCCCCGCACCGUCGUCUCCAGCACCCUCAGCCCAUUCAGCGUCAGCCCAGGCAGUGUCAGCAUUGGCACUGUCAGCCCUGUCACCGUCAGCCCUGCCACCCUCAGCCUCGGCACUGUCAGCAUCGCCACCGUCAGCCCCGUCACCUUCAGCCCCGGCACCCCAAGCAUCGUCACCGUCAGCCCCGUCACCGUCAGCCCUGGCACCGUCAGCCCUGGCACCGUCAGCCCUGGCACAGUCAGCGCCGGCACCAUCAGCCCUGGCACCGUCAGUAUCAGCACUGUCAGUCCCGGCACCGUCAGCAUUGGCACCGUCAGCCCUGGCACCGUCAGCCCCGGCACCGUCAGCCCUGGCACCGUCAGCCCCGGCACCGUCAGCAUCGGCACCGUCAGCUCUGGCACCGUCAGCUCCAACAACGUCGGCUCCAUUCAAUUAUUGGAUGUCUGGCAACAUUGGCUCUGGCAACGUCGGCUCUGGCAACGUCGGCACUGGCAACGUUGGCUCUGGCACCGUCGGCACUGGCAACGUCGGCACUGGCAACGUCGGCUCUGGCAAAGUCGGCACUGGCAACAUCGGCACUGGCAAUGUCGGCUCUGGCAACAUCGGCUCUGGCAACGUCGGCACUGGCAAUGUCGGCUCUGGCAAUGUCGGCAGUGGCAACGUCGGCUUUGGCAACGUGGGCUCUGGUAACGUUGGCUCUGGCAAUGUCGGCACUGGCAACCUUAGCUCUGGCAACUUUGGCACUGGCAACGUCGGCUCUGGCAACGUCGGCUCUGGCAAUGUCGGCACUGGCAACGUAGGCUCUGGCAACGUCGGCUCUGCACCUUUGGCAACGGAACCAUCAGCGCCAACAACAAGAAGGGGAUCUCAGCAUCAGCUCCAUCAGCAGCGCCACCGUCAGCAUCGGCACCGUCAGAAUCGACACAGCUCCGGAACCAUCAGCUCCAGCACCAUCAGCCCCAGCUCUGCACCUUUGGCAACGGAACCAUCAGCUCCAACAACAACUUUAGAUGAGCCAUUACAACUUAGGCUCUGCACCUUCAGCUCCAGCACCGUCAACGCUCAGCACCAUCAGCAUAGGCUCCAUCAGCCCUGACACCGCCAGCACCAGCACUGUCAGCCCACGCAUUGUCAGCUCCGGCAUCCUCAGCCCCGACAGCGUCAGCCCCGGCAGUGUCAGCAUUGGCACUGUCAGCCCCGGCACCGUCAGCCCUGCCACGUCAGCCUCGGCAGCGUCAGCAUCGGCACCGUCAGCCCCGGCACCUUCAGCCCCGGCACCGUCAGCAUCGUCACCGUCAGCCCUGGCACCGUCAGCCCUGGCACCGUCAGCCCCGGCACCGUCAGCCCUGGCACCGUCAGCCCCGGCACCGUCAGCAUCGGCACCGUCAGCUCUGGCACCGUCAGCUCCAACAGCGUCAGCUCCAUCCAAUUAUUGGAUGUCUGGCAACAUUGGCUCUGGCAACGUCGGCACUGGCAACGUCGGUACUGGCAACGUCGGCACUGGCAACGUCGGCUCUGGCAACGUCGGCACUGGCAACGUCGGCUCUGGCAACGUCGGCACUGGCAACGUCGGCUCUGGCAACGUCGGCACUGGUAACGUCGGCUCUGGCAACGUCGGCUCUGGCAACGUCGGCACUGGCAACGUAGGCGCUGGCAAUGUCGGCUCUGGCAACGUCGUUACUGGCAACGUUGGCACUAGCAACGUCGGCUCUGGCAACGUCGGCACUGGCAACGUAGGCUCUGGCAACGUCGGCACUGGCAACGUCAGCUCUGCACUUCUGGCAAUGGAACCAUCAGCUCCAACAACGAGAAGGGGAUCUCAGCAUCGGCUACAUCAGCAUCAACACCGUCAGCAUCGGCUCCAUCAGCCCUGACACCGCCAGCACCAGCACUGUCAGCCCACGCAUUGUCAGCUCCGGCACCCUCAGCCCCGACAGCGUCAGCCCCGGCAGUGUCAGCAUUGGCACUGUCAGCCCCGGCACCGUCAGCCCCGCCACGUCAGCCUCGGCACCGUCAGCAUCGGCACCGUCAGCCCCGGCACCUACAGCCCCGGCACCGUCAGCAUCGGCACCGUCAGCCCUGGCACCGUCAGCCCUGGCACCGUCAGCCCCGACACCGUCAGCCCUGGCACCGUCAGCCCCGGCACCGUCAGCAUCGGCACCGUCAGCUCUGGCACCGUCAGCUCCAACAGCGUCAGCUCCAUCCAAUUAUUGGAUGUCUGGCAACAUUGGCUCUGGCAACGUCGGCACUGGCAACGUCGGCACUGGCAACGUCGGCACUGGCAACGUCGGCUCUGGCAACGUCGGCACUGGCAACGUCGGCUCUGGCAACGUCGGCACUGGCAACGUCGGCUCUGGCAAUGUCGGCACUGGUAACGUCGGCUCUGGCAACGUCGGCUCUGGCAACGUCGGCACUGGCUACGUAGCUGGCAAUGUCGGCUCUGGCAACGUCGUUACUGGCAACGUUGGCACUGGCAACGUCGGCUCUGGCAACGUCGACACUGGCAACGUAGGCUCUG